AUGGCAACGAGGACAACAGUUCGGCUCGCGAGGUCGGCCUGCGCUUCCGCGAGGGCCAGCCGCCGCUCCUCACCGCAUCUCCAGUCCGCCAGUCCCUGUUCUUUCGCUGCGGCGCAUCAUGGCUCUGGUGUGGGCAGCGUUAGUCCGCCCGUGCCGUCCUCUGGAAGAAGAGAGCUCGUGUAUGGCUUGUGCUCAGGUGGCGGGUGCCGCGGUGGUUUGCUGGCGCGGCAGUUCCAUUCCACUACUCCUUCCCAGUCCAGCUACAACAAUGCAGCUCAGGUCCCUCCCCACAUCUCUUGUUUGCUGUUUUCGUAUUCGUACGUCUAUCACUCGCAUUUCUCUGCAAGUCGAGGCAAAGCCUACUGAGAUUUAUUGAACUUUAUGUGUUUGUUAUUUUUUUGGCCAUUUUUUCGUUAGUUUUUUUUCCACGAGGAGGUAUGUGAAGGAAAAGAGGGAGCCUCGAGUAAGUGAUUGGUCGCCGCACCUCGUUCGAGUGAAAUUGUUAAUUAUUCUCCUUUAUGGACUAUUCGCAUCGUUACCGACUGAUGGCAUCCUUCCCCGUUGUUUUCAUUCCAUGCGGAAAAUGAAUGGUAAGAUGGGUAUUGUAUGCAAGCAAGGGAUGUGCUCAGUCCGUCUGUAAAUGGGCCAUUGGGGUGUUCGCGAACAAAAUAUCAUUUCGGAAGAUGCAGAAGUACUUUUGGAUGCCUGUAACUUAUUUCGUUCGUUUCACCGUCAGCUUUUGAAAUGUGAAAGUUGAGAAGUAAUAAUUCGUCAAAGUGUGAAGUGUGGGUUGCUGGUUUAGAUGCUUUCGUAAAGACUAUGAAGAAAUAAGAUAUGGGGCAAACUGAAGUUGAUUGCCAUGAUAUGGGAGUGAAUCUGGUAUCAUUUCGAACCUGGCUUUUCAUUUGUAUCUCGCAGACUCUACAGAGUGAGAUGGAUUAUAAUUACCUGCAACCAGAAGGCUGUUAAGAGUAUGAAUACAAGGUUUUUUAUGAUUUAUGGAGAUACGAAAUCAGUUCGACUUCUCUUGCUUUUUGCUGCUAUUAAUUCCCGAGAUUUUGUCUCGUUGAAUAUCUUUCUUGCAAGAAAAAUGAAAGCUGUUGUCUUAUAUUCCUUUAAUGUCGUUCCAUGUACAUCAUAAAGAUUUGUAACCAAUUUUUAAGGAUAUUUUACUUCACCUGCGAAGCCUCCUACAAGCGGCUGCGUUGAUAAAUUUUGUGCUACUUCCAUCUAGUCCUGGAAUCAAUUAGUUCAAAUGUUGAGUUAGUGUGAGACUUUAGCUCGAGCUUUAUGUUGUUUCAAACUAGCAUAUGUAUAUAUUUCUAAUCAUGUAUUUCGAAAUCAACGUCCCUUAAUCCAGCUUUAGAUUCUAUUCAGUUAGAAUGAAUAACUGACCUGCAAGGAGCUGCUAAUUGCAUUGUUCAUUAAAACUUCUUAGAUCAUUUUUUUUUAAAAGUUAGGUUUUUUUUCUAACAGAUCAGUCAAUCCGAUUUUACCGAAAUGGCAUGGGAGGGGAUCGUUGGUGCAGUUGAGGCAGCAAGGCAAAACAAACAACAAAUAGUGGAAUCUGAGCAUUUGAUGAAAGCUCUUCUAGAGCAGAAGGAUGGCUUGGCUCGUAAGAUAUUUACAAAGGCUGGGAUUGACAACACUUCUGUGUUACAGGCUACUGAUCAAUUUAUCUCCCAGCAGCCCAAGGUACAACAUUAAAUCGCCUUUACCUUCGUCACACACGAUGACUGGAAAUCUUGGUUUAGCUAUGGUUUCUAACUUGUGAGUACUCUAGGUAACUGGUGACAUCAGUGGGCCAAUAUUGGGUUCAAGUCUUGGUUCUCUCAUAGACAGUGCCAAAAAGCAUAAAAAAGAUUUGGCAGAUGAUUUCCUUUCUGUCGAGCAUCUUAUCUUAUCAUUCCAUAAUGAUAAGAGAUUUGGCCUACAAUUAUUGAAGAAUCUCCAACUUUCCGAGGAACAGCUAAAGGAUGCCAUCUUAGCAGUGCGGGGAAAUCAAAGAGUUACUGAUCAAAGUAAGUGUACUUUGUUGUACUCUAUCCAUUUUAUGGCUCCAUAUUGUAAUUUAUUUGACCGAUUAUGGUUGUAAAAUAAUUUCUACAUCUUUGACACCUUUCCCCGCUAGUUUCAGUGAAUAAAGUUGAACUCAUGAAAUUCACUUUUUGUGAAUAUUAUAUAUCAAUUUUCAUUCAUGUGAAUUACCGCACUCAUGAACUGCCUUGAUGGCCAUAUCCCAUCAGUUUGUAAUUGGUCUCUGAGGAUUUCAGUUUCGAUGAAUAGAAUCGUCUGAAUCUCCGAUGAAAUUUCAUAGACAACAGAAAUCAGAUUUGUUGUCAAUCAAGAAGUCAAGAAUUGAAUCGAUGUUACUAAAUUCUGUCCACAAGGGGUUCCAGCUAUAUAUGUCAUCUCCUGAUGCUUUAUGAGCUAUGUUUGAUGUUGUAUUAGUUUUGUACGUAAUGAUUCUUUUGGGGUAUUUAUGAUCGUUGAUUGUAAUGAUUACCUUGUUGUUCAAGAUCAUUAUUAUUUACAAUUAUUUAGUUAAAAUUCGCUGUUGUAAUGAUUAUUUGUUUUCUCUCUCCUUUUUAUAUUAAUUGAAGGGUUUUAAAAUUUUCUCUUUAUUUUCUGUUCUUUUCUCUUUUUCGUGUCCCACAAUAUGCAUUGAUAUGUAUCCUGUUCUUUUAAAUGUAGAUCCCGAAAGCAAAUACCAGGCCCUUGAAAAGUACGGAAAUGACCUGACUGAGCUUGCUAAACGCGGUAAGUUGGACCCCGUCAUUGGCCGAGAUGACGAGAUACGGCGUUGUAUUCAGAUAUUAUCAAGGAGAACCAAAAACAACCCUGUCAUAAUUGGUGAGCCUGGUGUUGGGAAAACUGCCAUCGCUGAAGGGUAUUCAUUUUUUCUUUUUAAAGAGAUGCUACAUUUCGCUAUUCAACUAAUUCUUUUUUUAUCUAGAUCCUACAUGUUCAUGUGCAUUUGUGAGUGGGCAGUGUGUCUUGUAAUAACGAUGAAGGUGACUCUCAGGAUUUUGAGAGCUCUGAGAUCGUUGAAUCAUCUCAGGAUUAUGGUCUCUAUUGCUCUUGUUUGGGGAUUUUCUAUGGAGAUUUUCAUGCUUGUAGGUUCGUGUAUCUAAUUUUUCGUACUUGUGUCUUUGUGGCACCCUCCUCUAUAAAAAUAGAAAGUGCUCAUGUAACUUAACGGGAGGGGUAGAGGGGGAGGGACAAGGAAAGAAAUCACAGUUGUGUCAUGAUUUCUAUAUCCCUUUUAAAACCACUUUGAUUCGUCCAAGUAGUGCAAGGCAAAAGCGUGAUCAUGUUGUCACGUCUGAAAAAUCUAGGUUUUCUAUGGCACCGCCCAAAAGUCUCUUUUUUGUCAAGCCGAAUCCUUUUAGUGCAGCCGUCCAAAGGGUAAUCAUAUCUCAUGGUAAGUGGGAAAAGCUCUACAUCUAGCCAAUGCCUUGAAUUCAGAUCCUCAGAGAAGUCAUGGCUCGAAUGAUAUGUGUUCAAGAUAGUAUGGUGAAGAAUAGUCGAUCCAUCCCCAUUCCUCAAAUCUGCUAAAAUUGCUUUGCAUUGCCAAAGGGGACGACGGUUCAAAUCGUCGCUUAAUAUUAUUCUGAAAUUGUGACCUGAAUCUCAUUUGUCUGUAUGCAGAUUAGCUCAGCGGAUCGUGCGCGGUGAUGUCCCCGAACCUUUGUUGAACAGGAAGGUUAGCUUCCCUUUGUAAGCCCACAUGUUCUUUAUGUCUCACUUGUUCCAGCAGCAUCUUCAACAGAUAUAUGAAAAAAAAGAAAAAUAUAUUUCACCCCGGAGAUCUCAUGAAUUUAUUACUAUUAUUCACUGUUCUUUCCUUUUUUGUUCUCUUCUGUUCGAUUUCACCGGAGUUAUCUUUCUUCUACGAAUCUGUGUGAUUAACGCUUGCUGAUUCUCAAUGGUCCUUUGAUCAAGUGGGCUUUGUCCUUGCCUGUACCCUUCAUCUUGUUUUCUAAAAGAAAGCACAAUUUCAGAGAUUUUAGCAUAAUGUCAUCAUUUAGUACACACGACUUGCCGAGAGAGGAUGAACACCAUGCAUAACUUUCACCUUGCACCUAAUUAAAACGGUUGAAUGAACCAGGGAGGCAACAGCAUUGCACACACACGUGUAUGAUCACGGCUUGCCUUCCCUUGUGCGCCUUGAAACCCUAGUACUGAUUAGCUUCUAUCAUUGUACGGCAGGUUCUUCCUUAUGCGUUUGCUUCUUGCCACUCUGAUAAAUAUAAUCGCUUUUGCAUUGGGCCUUCUCGCAGCUGAUCUCAUUAGAUAUGGGCUCAUUAAUAGCUGGCGCCAAAUUUCGUGGGGACUUCGAGGAAAGGCUGAAAGCCGUCCUGAAAGAAGUCACUGCUUCCAACGGACAGAUCAUCUUAUUUGUUGAUGAGAUCCAUACAGUCGUCGGUGCAGGUAAUCAUUUUUCUUGUUAUUAUCAUUAUUUUUUUAUAUAGAAAUGAUCGUAUUAUCGUGGGUUGACCAUGGAUAGGAGCCACUGGGGGGGCGAUGGACGCCAGCAACCUGCUGAAACCGAUGCUGGGGAGAGGAGAGCUGCGCUGUAUCGGAGCGACCACAUUGAACGAGUACAGAAAGUAUAUCGAGAAGGAUCCUGCUCUGGAGCGUAGAUUCCAACAGGUAUUCUGUGGUCAACCCUCUGUGGAAGACACCAUCUCCAUCCUCCGUGGACUGCGCGAACGCUAUGAGCUUCAUCAUGGCGUUAAGAUCUCCGACAGCGCCCUCGUUUCGGCCGCCGUUCUUUCUGAUCGUUACAUCACUGAGCGGUUCUUGCCCGAUAAAGGUAAAAGAAAAAAGAAAGAGUCUGUGGACUCUACGCGCCGUGGGGGGGUUCUUGUUCUUGUUUAAUCUCGCGGCUUUCUUUCUUGCAGCGAUCGAUCUCGUUGAUGAGGCGGCGGCGAAGCUGAAGAUGGAGAUCACUUCGAAACCCACCGAGUUGGAUGAGGUGGACAGAGCCGUGUUGAAGCUGGAGAUGGAGAAACUGUCCCUGAAGAACGACACGGACAAGCCGUCCAAGGAACGGCUCAGCAAGCUGGAAGCAGACCUGGCCGCCCUCAAGCAGCAGCAGCAGGAGCUCUCCCAGCAUUGGGAGCACGAGAAGGCCCUCAUGACUCGGAUCAGAUCCAUCAAAGAAGAGGUGAGAAAAAAAAACCCCAACAAUGAUCGAAACCCAGAAAAGUUCCUGUUGACUUCCUUGCUUAAAUUCAGGUCGACCGGGUCAACUUAGAAAUGGAGGCAGCUGAGCGGGAGUACGACUUGAGCCGGGCGGCGGAACUCAAGUACGGGACGCUGAUAAGCCUCCAGAAGCAGCUGGAAGAGGCCGAGAAGAAUCUAGCCGAGUUCCAAGAAUCGGGGAACUCGAUGCUCCGCGAAGAAGUCGCUGACUUUGACAUCGCGGAGAUCGUGAGUAAGUGGACGGGCAUCCCCAUCUCGAACCUUCAGCAGUCGGAGAGGGACAAGCUGGUCCUCCUGGAACAGGUCCUCCACCGGCGGGUCGUGGGCCAGGACAUCGCCGUCAAAUCCGUGGCUGACGCCAUCCGACGGUCCAGAGCGGGCCUCUCGGACCCCAACCGGCCCAUCGCGAGCUUCAUGUUCAUGGGCCCCACCGGCGUUGGCAAGACGGAGCUCGCCAAGGCCCUCGCGGGCUACCUCUUCAACACGGAGACCGCGCUCGUGAGGAUCGACAUGAGCGAGUACAUGGAGAAGCACGCCGUCUCCCGACUUGUGGGAGCGCCGCCAGGGUACGUGGGCUACGAGGAGGGCGGGCAGUUGACCGAAGUCGUCCGCCGCCGGCCCUACUCUGUGGUCCUCUUCGACGAGAUCGAGAAGGCCCAUCACGACGUCUUCAACAUCCUGUUGCAGCUGCUGGACGACGGGAGGAUCACCGAUUCGCAGGGGAGGACCGUCAGCUUCACCAACUGCGUCGUCAUCAUGACCUCCAACAUUGGGUCCCACUUCAUACUGGAAACCCUCAGGAACACCCAGGACACCAAGGACGCGGUCUACGAGCUGAUGAAGAGGCAGGUGUUGGAGUUGGCUAGGCAGACCUUCCGCCCCGAGUUCAUGAACCGCAUCGACGAGUACAUCGUCUUCCAGCCCCUCGACUCCAAGGAAAUCUCCCGCAUCGUAGAAAUACAGGUAAUAAAUGCAACUACAAAUCUCUCUUCUAUUUGGGCUCCCCUUCUGGUUUUGGUUGUGGUUAGAGACUUUCUCUCUCUCUCUCUCUCUCUCUCUCUCUCUCUCUCUCUCUGGAAUUCUGUCUUGCUCUUUCUUCUUCUGGUGGGGUUCUCUAGUUCCUUCUGAUGGGUUCUUGUUUGUUUUGUGAUUGGUUGUGGUGGGCAGCUGGGGAGACUGAGGGAGAGGCUGAAGCAGAGGAAGAUCGAGCUGGAGUACACGAGGGAGGCGGUGGCGCUGUUGGGCACGUUGGGGUUCGAUCCCAACUUCGGGGCGAGGCCGGUGAAGAGGGUGAUCCAGCAGAUGGUGGAGAACGAGAUCGCUCUCGGGGUGCUGAAAGGUGACUUCAAGGAGGACGAUUCCGUCGUCUUGGACGCCGACCACUCCCCUCAGUCAACGGAUCACCCGGCUCACCCUCGACUGGUCAUCCGGAAGCUGGACAACGCCUCCCCUCGAGACACCCUCGUGGUCAACAACUGA